AUGGCUGCUAUUCAAGCUUCCCGCCAGGCGCUGCGCCGCACCAUGAUCAACACUCCUCGCACAACCGCUUUCGCUAGAACCUAUGCAACCCCGAGCAAGAGCGCAACCCUCAAGGAGACAUUCGCCGCCAGCUUGCCCGAGAAGAUUGACCAGAUCAAGAGACUGCGAAAGGAGCACGGUCACAAGGUCGUGGGUGAGGUCACCCUUGACCAGGUGUACGGUGGUGCCCGUGGCAUCAAGUCACUGGUGUGGGAGGGAUCCGUUCUCGACUCCGAGGAGGGUAUCCGUUUCCGUGGGAGGACCAUCCCAGAAUGCCAGGAGCAGCYCCCAAAAGCACCUGGCGGCCAGGAGCCUCUCCCAGAAGGUCUCUUCUGGCUUCUGUUGACCGGCGAGGUUCCAUCUGAGCAGCAGGUCCGUGACCUGUCCGCUGAGUGGGCUGCCCGCUCCGAUGUCCCAUCCUUCAUCACUGAGCUCAUCGAUCGCUGCCCCUCCGACCUCCACCCAAUGGCUCAGUUCUCCCUCGCGGUUACCGCGCUUGAGCACGAGUCCGCUUUCGCCAAGGCUUACGCUCGCGGCAUCAAGAAGGCCGAGUACUGGGAGCACACCUUUGAGGACAGCAUGGACCUCAUUGCCAAGCUUCCUACCAUCGCUGCUCGCAUCUACCGCAACGUUUACAAGGACGGCAAGRUCCCGACUAUCCAAAAGGACAAGGACUACGGCUACAACUUGGCCAACCUCCUUGGAUUCGCCGAGAACUCUGACUUUGUCGAGCUUAUGCGUCUCUACCUGACCAUCCACACCGACCACGAGGGUGGUAACGUUUCCGCACAMACCACUCACCUGGUCGGCUCUGCGCUCAGCUCGCCCAUGCUUUCCCUUGCCGCUGGCCUGAACGGUCUUGCUGGUCCUCUCCACGGACUCGCCAACCAGGAGGUCCUCAACUGGCUGCAGGAGAUGAAGAAGUCUGUCGGCACUGAUCUCUCGGACGCUAACAUCACCAAGUACCUUUGGGACACCCUCAAGGCCGGUCGUGUCGUGCCUGGAUACGGCCACGCCGUGCUCCGCAAGACCGACCCUCGCUACGUCUCCCAGCGCGAAUUUGCGCUCAAGCACCUCCCCGAUGACCCCAUGUUCAAGCUCGUCUCUCAGGUCUACAAGAUCGCUCCUGGCGUCCUUACCGAGCACGGAAAGACCAAGAACCCAUACCCCAACGUUGAUGCCCACUCCGGAGUGCUGCUCCAGUACUACGGUCUCACCGAGCAGAACUUUUACACCGUCCUCUUCGGUGUCAGCCGUGCGAUCGGUGUCCUGCCCCAGCUGAUCAUCGACCGUGCCGUCGGUGCCCCAAUUGAGAGGCCGAAGUCCUUCAGCACUGAGGCCUGGGCCAAGCUCGUUGGUGCUAAGCUCUGA